UUGCCACGUGGCAUCUUCUCAUUAUCCCUAAAUAAAAAAUGUUUCCCGCUUUUUUUACUCUAUUCGCGCUUCUUUACUCCAAUCUCAAUCCCCAAUUGUUGCAUAUUCAGAUUAAUGCUUAACAAAAAGUUUCUUCCAAAUUUAACCAUCUUUCACCUUUGAAAUUCCCAUGCCCUGUUCCGCUUGAACCUUGGUUUCCGCUUGAACCUUGGUCUCCAACAGCUUCCGCAACCUUCAGAGAACGCUGCCUUACAGUCACUUCACUGGAUCUUCUUCUUCCAUUUCCAUCAACUGAGUCGCUCAAUCAUCUGCUCCCUAGCACUGUCGACGAUUCAACUCACCACCUUACCACUGCAUCAAUUACUUCAGUUUCAUUUAUUAUUAGAAAGAAAAGAAUGAAUUCUACUAAAGAUGAGUGCAAAAAGGCUAGAUUAAGAAGAAAAUCAAUAUUACUGCUGAAAAGAGGGCGACAAAAAAAAACUGGUGACUCUCAAACUAAUGAAAGGAAUAUGAAAAAUUUAGGAAAAAGAAAAGUGUUAGCUGAAAUCACUAAUAGAGAGUCAAAAAAGAAAAAGAUUUUCAUUGGUAUUGGAGAAAUUCAAAAAAAAGCUACAAGGAUAGAGAGUUUGUUGCAAGUACUUCAUACCUACCAGUACAUAUGUUGACUGAUGAACUUGAAAGACUAGAGUCUUUUACACAAAUAUUUUUUAAUCCAAAUGCAUUUCAAUAUGGAGUAGCUGCUGGUCAAGAUUAUUCAAAUACAAAGAAAUCUAUGACACAUCCAAGUUGUCAUUUAUCUUCUGGACGACAUGUGAUCAGUGGGAUGAAGUUAUUUUCUCAAGAUUCUGAAUUUGAUAUUUUAGAAGAUGGAUUAGUUUUUGUUAGAGUUGAUUAUGAUUUCAACUAUGAUGAUAUUUCUGCUUCUCAAAAAUUUUACUCUCUGAGCAUUGGUUUAUAUGAAAGUAACACUGAUUUUCAAGAAGGUAAUGGUCACCAAGAAAAUAACUUUCAGUUCACAUAUGGAGAUUAUUUUGAUUUCGGUGAUCCAAUUUCAAUUUGUCAAGAGUGUGGUGCUUUAAUGUGGUAUGAUGAAAGAAAUCGAAAAAAUAGAAAUUAUAUCAUUCCAGAGUUUAGUCUAUGCUGCAGUUUAGGAAAAGUGCAAUUGCCUUUUCUAACAGAGCCUCCUGAAGUUCUAAAAGAGUUACUUUAUGACUAUGGUUCAAAGCAUUACAAGAAUUUUUAAAAUAAUAUCAGAGCAUAUAAUCAAAUAUUUGCAUUUACUUCUUCUGCUGGAAAGGUGGACUCAUCUAUAAACAAAGGCCAUAGACGUGCUCCAACGGUCUACAAGAUUAGUGGAGAAAAUGUUCAUUAUAUUGGUAGUUUAAUGCCUAUGCCCGGUGAAAAACCUAAGUUUGCUCAGUUGUAUAUCUAUGACACAGAAAACGAAGUAUACAAUAGGAUAGCACCAUUUAGGUCAAAUGAUUCUGAAUAUGCUAUUGACUCUGAGAUUGUUGGCAAGUUACAAAAGAUGUUAGAUGAGAAUAAUGCUUUGGCAAAAUCAUUUAGAAUGGCAAAAGAAAGAUUUGCAGGUUCUAAUACAGAACAUGUAAGGUUGAAGCUUUUAAGUUCAAGGGAAAAAGAUGGAAGAAUUUAUAAUUUGCCUGAUGUUUCUGAAGUGGCAGCUUUAGUUGUUGGUGAUAUUGAUUCUCUUUCAUCAACCAGAGAUAUAAUCUUAGAAAGGCAAGAUGGUCGCUUAAAGCGUAUAAAUGAGAUUCAUGUUGCUUAUCUUGGUUUACAAUAUCCACUUCUUUUUCCAUAUGGAGAAGAUGGCUACAGAAUUGAUAUUCAACAUAAAAUCAUCGGGAGUUUGAAACCUAACAAGAGGAGCAAAUUGACCAUGCGACAAUUUUUUGCAUUUAGGCUUCAAACCAGGAAAACAGAAGCUCCAACAAUACUGGUUUCUAAAAAACUUUUUCAGCAAUUUGUAGUGGAUGCUUGCACUAUGAUUGAGUCAGAACGUUUGUUAUAUUUUAGGAUUCAUCAAAAGGAACUUAGAGCUAAUGAUUACAAGAGUUUGAAAAUUGCUAAAUCUACAGGUCAAAUAAGUGGCUCAAGUGUAGGAAAAAGAAUAGUUUUGCCAUCAAGUUUUAUAGGAGAAUGGCCAGAGAUCAAGCGACUCUUAGACCCUUUACAUCUCAAACCAGUAGACCGUCCUGACAUUGUUUGUCGAAUGUUCAAAAUGAAGCUUGAUAUGCUAAUUAAAUAUUUGAAAAAGGAAAGAUUCUUUGGUAAAGUUGUUGCUGAUGUUCAUACAAUUGAAUUUCAGAAACGAGGUCUACCACAUGCUCAUAUUUUGAUAUUCUUGGAUUCUUUAAGCAAAUUUCCAGAUCCAAAAGAUAUAGAUAAAGUAAUUUGUGCUGAGAUUCCUAAUCAAUUUGAGCAUCCAGAGUUGUACAAGGCUGUAAAAAAAUUUAUGCUUCAUGGUCCAUGCGGUUCUAUAAAUAUAUUUUCACCAUGCAUGAAAGAAGGUCGUUGUUCAAAGUUCUAUCCCAAGUCUUUUGCUGAUUUAAAAGAUAUAGUGUUGAGGCAGUUGAUAAAAGUUUAA